AUGAAAAUUAUAACAAAACAGCCUAGAAAUAUUUGCCUCGUUCUCCUCCUUCUCAUUGUUGCUCUCGUAGUAGCUCCAUCAUACCAAUUGUCUCUCUCACCAGAACUUCGUGCCACUUGUUUGGCUGCCAUUCAAAGCUAUGAUAAGUGUACCUUCUAUACACAAUGUUUGGAAAAGAUCAAGCCUUGUGGUCCUAAUGGUUAUGCUCUUGGAUAUGGUUACAAGUAUUGUUCUAAAUUCUUCUCUGAUGUUAAUAGAGGAGCUUACAAGAGUGAAUAUGCUCAAAAGUGGGUUUCUUCAACUGGUCACUGUUUGCAAAAGUUCUUGAUGCAAAAUGUUGUUGAAAAGUUGUUGUCUAAUACUGGAUCUGAAUGGAAUUGUGAACGUAUCAUUGAUGCUAGCUUUAAUUCCCAUCCUGGAUGUUAUACUGAUUCCAUCUCACCUAUUGAUGGUCAAAAGUAUAGUAUUUGUAAGCUUAGAAAUGUUUUUGAUGUCAAGACUGUUUUGAUGACUGUCGAUGCUAAGGACUUGUUGACUGCUAGAUCUAUGAAGCAAAUUGUUGGUGUCUUGAAGAAUUGUAUGUCUGAUGUCUUGUCUUUGGAUGAAGUCAAUGAAUUGAAUGAUUACCUUUAA